AUGACUUCUCUCCAUUUUGUCGUUCAGCCAUUACCUGGAACAGACGAUCAACUAAACGACAGGUUACGGGAAGUGGCUGAGAAGUUUAGUCGUCAUGGUUUUACCUCACCAUCUACUCUCUCUAGUUUAAAAAAUGUAAACAUUGUUCAAUGUGUUAUAGGAUCAGGAUUUAUUGCUCUCUUAUUGGAGGAUGGAAGAGUUUGUAGAGUUCCGUUUUCUGUCAACAAUGAACGAUUGGAUUUACAUAAAUCAACAGAGACCAAAACUAGUAAUAAUAACAGUGAUAGUGGUACUCUGGUGGUAGAAAAUCCCUUAGUACUGGUCCCUGGUAAUCUAGGGGCAACCAGCAACCCUCCAACUUCUACAGGGAGAUGGGGGACAGGGGGAGGAAAUACACCCACCACCAGAACAACUAGUCAACAGAGUUAUAGUAGAAUGCAACGUACAGGUACUCUCCAUGUUGGCCGAGGUCGCAGUAGGGUAAUAGUUGGCUCUCGUCUUGUACCAGCCUCUAACGUACCUGAGGACCUCAUAAGCCAGUGUCAAGUUGUUCUACAAGGAAAAUCAAGAAACAUGAUUAUCAGAGAAUUACAGAGAACAAAUCUAGAUGUAAACAUGGCGGUAAAUAAUCUGCUGUCACGAGAUGAUGAGGGUGAUGAUAAUGAUGAAGACUCUCAGGAUUCCUAUAUGCCAGAUGAUCUGAUAUCUCUACUAGACCCAGACCACGGAGUAAUCAUAGAAUCAGACGCCAUGUUCCAGGAGGACGUCUUCGGAUAUUCUUCCUUACGCAGUCGUGGUUCUGGUACUCGCUCUAGAUUAGAGAGAGAUAGAGAUGUAGACCGAGAUAGAGAACGUGAUUCUAUAUUCCGUAUUCGAGACAGACGUCGUCUAGAACAGACGUUUACAGACGGUAAUAUUAAAAAUAUCGACCGAGACAAGGCGGACAAUCUAAGUAGCGACAAUAAAAAAGCGACCAAUCCUAGUCCUAGUCCGGUCAGUUUUUACGAAGAUCUUCAAUGGUGGACUGAAAAGGAAGGAGACAGUAUAAAGUUUAACCAUAUAGCUGCUAUGUAUUCAGACCUAGUAGCCGUUGGUCAGAAUGGUCAGUUAUAUAGCUGGAGAUGGACAGAAGCUGACCCCUUUAAAUCGGGAGAGAAUUCGACAAUUCGCCAUCCUAAAUCUGGAGUAUUAAACUUAUUACAAGAAAAGAUAAUAGGUAUAUCAGCUUGUAAUGUUCGUGCUUCUGUUUUUACUGAAUCGGGAAAGGUGGCAACUUGGUUGGAUGAGAGUUUAAGUUUAGUAUCUCAGAAACUAGAACAUCCAGCUCAGCUCUUCCCAGAAUUCCAAACUGACAAGAUUGUCUCCCUUCAUACUAGUACGCUGUAUACCUGCGCUAGGUUGGAAAGUGGUGCCCUCUAUUGGUGGGGUGUGAUGCCGUUUGCUCAGCGUAAGAAAAUGUUGGAGAAAAUGAAAUCUAAGAAAAAGAAGACAAAAGAUUCAGCGUCUGGUAGUUCUAAUACUGAGAUAGUGGCUGGCUCUCUGGUGUGUCUACGCAGUGCCCCAAUCUAUUUAGUAGGUAAUCUAGGGUUUACAACAGUAGAUGGUAUACCUAAAAUAGGAGAACUCAUGUCUUGUGCUUGGUCUUUAGCUGAUACUUGUAGAUUUAAAAUACGUAAACCUAUCAGUGAGAUGAAAGCAGUAGAGAAAUCUGAAGGCACUGGCAGUGGCAGUAGUAUUGACAGUAAAAUAGAGAUGCCCCCACCUUCACCUGAAGGCUCUAUUAGCAGUGCUCACAGCUCAGCUUCUAUGACUACCCCAAUAUCUCAUAGUAAGUCACAUACACCAACAAAAGAGGAGAGUGAAAAAAGAGAAGAAGAAUCGUGGCCGUUAAAAAAUGUUGUGUUUUUAGAAGAUACUCAAUUGAAAACUAUUCCUGUUGCUAGAGUUCUCAAGGUAGUGGAUGGUUCGUGCGUAGCUGUAAGUUUUAAUAGUAAAACAGAUUUUACCACCCCUAGUAAAGAAGAUACAGCAAGUUUACUGACAGAUUGUCGUCUGCUACGAAAAGACGAGUUACAGUUGGUGAAGGGAGUGAACUCUCCGAGAGUACCAGAUUUUUUCCAGAAGGUUCCGAAGAAAGUGAAUGUAAUAGAGAAUGGUACGAUAUUAUCAGUGGCCAUUGAUUGUGAAGGUAUACAUAUAAUAGCUAGAAGUGGUAUGAGAUUAAGCUAUAUAAUCUAUAACUUAUCAACAGGGAAAAUAGAACAGGACUGUGCUUUUCCUACCAAUAUACCAUCUUUCUUAGGCUCUAAUCCAUCAGAUAUAUCAUUACAUCAUAGUGGAGAGGAAUCAUUGGUACCAGUAAGAGAUGGAAAUGGUGCUAUAUAUCCUAUGACUAAAGACUGUAUUGAUGGUAUAAGAGAUCCACUAUGGUUCAAUCUACCACCAGUAACAUCUCUCAAUAUUAAAAUACAAUGUUUAAAUAAUGUAUCUAAUAAUCUGAAGAACAAGGCUGCUGUUAUAGUCAUGGCUGUCAAGCAUCAGAAUUUAAUGCCGUAUAUUUUACGCUGUGAUCUAGAACGAGUUAAAUCGUUGAUUAGUGGAAUAGAAUUAGAUCCCACCUCAUCAACCAAUCAGAAACUAGUAAAAGAUAUUCUAGCUGAACGUUGUGAUGGUAACCGUAAUAUAAUACAUAUGACUGUAGCUAUGUGUGUCCCUACUUCUAAUAAAGAUUACGAUUCUGAUACGUCUUCAACAUCUACCUUCUCCUCAACACUUGAGGCUAUCAACAUGGAUGCUUUGUCUUGUGGACGUGAUUCAGGCAGUCGCAGUAUGAGUGUAAGAGAGUUGAUAAGACGAGCGUCUGCCGCUAACCGUGAAGCUAGAGAACAGGCUGGAGACGAUAGUGGUUUGAUUCCAGCAGCUUCUUGGUCACCUGACCCUCCUUCUUACGAUUCCAUCAGACCAGGAGAUACUGAACGACCAAGUCUACUGAGACCAUCAUCCAGUCCUGCGUUGAGUUGUUUAAAUCUACAACCAGAGUUAUCUAACUUGUGUUUGCCGCCAGUUAAGUUGGAUGAAAAGGAACGAAGGAAGAACGCUGUUGAAAUAUUAAGAGUUUUAUGUGAAAGUUCUGUUCUACAACCACAUCUUGAAGAACUCCUUACUGCCAAGAAUGCUGAAGGCUGUACGCCGUUUAUGCAGGCUGUCUGUGGUAGAGCCUAUUCUGCUGGUAUAAUAAUAAUGGAUGGUGUAAAGAAAGUUUGUAAUAAAACAGGUUCGACUGGUGAUAGUAAUAACUCUGUCUUAAUGAAGAUGUUAUAUCCCAGUGGAUCUAGUCUAGACAACUCUCCCCUACAAGUUAUCUGCUGUAAUGAUACGUGUAGCUUCACCUGGACUGGAGCUGAACAUAUCAAUCAGGAUAUAUUUGAAUGUAGAACAUGUGGUCUAACAGGAACUCUGUGUUGUUGUACAGAAUGUGCUAAAGUUUGUCAUAAAGGACAUGACUGCAAAUUAAAGAAGACCUCACCAACAGCUUACUGUGAUUGUUGGGAGAAAUGUAAAUGUAAAGCAUUAAUCAGUGGACAGCAGGGAGCUCGAUCAACACUACUCAGUCGGUUAUUGAUAGAAACAGACCUUGUUAAAUUACCUAACAGCAAAGGAGAAAAUAUUCUGCUAUUCCUGGUACAAACUGUUGGUCGUCAGGAUACAGAACAGAAACAAUUCCGUCAUUCUCGUUCAACACGAGUUACUAGCUCUCGUAAACCUCCUAUAGCUGACAUGGAGAUGCCCGAACACGAUCUAGAACCACCAAGAUUUGCUCGACGUGCUUUAGAGAGGAUCCUCAAUGAUUGGACGGCCGUGAAAGCUAUGAUUAUGAGUGGGGAGAAAGAUACGUCUACUAGCCCUGAUAUAAUCUAUGAAGAUCAGAUGUUUCUCCAUUAUCAGAGUGGAACGGCUAGACUUGAUAAAUUUACUCACUGUCUACUCGUAAAAUGUUAUAGCUUUGAGAUGUUGGAUACUUUACUGACUACUUUAAUACGAGAAAUUCAGAAUGAGAAAACUCCAGGACGGAAAGCCGAGGCUAAAAAAGUUGCCAGAAGAUUUGUACGUUCUGUUGCCAGAGUAUUUGUGGUUUUGAACGUAGAGAUGACGCCUAGCUCUAUCAAAAAACGAAGUAUUGGAACAACAGGUUGUCAACCAAUAGCUAAAUGUAAACGAGUGUUCCAGGCCUUGGUCCAUCUGGCGAUUGAGGAACUCAGUGAAAUAGCCAACUCUUUGAUAUUACCUGUAAGAAUGGGUGUGGCUAGACCCACGGCGCCGUUCUCUCUUGUUAGCGCCAGUCUGGAGGCUUUUCAGGGAAGUGAAGAGUUGUUUAAUGUGGACCCUCUACCACCCAGACCAUCGUCAGCUGACUCUACUAGCCAAUCAAUAUCCUUCAUUACUAGUCGCCAUCCACCAGUCGUAAAUAUUGACCCUUCACAGAAUCAACUGAUCAGUUCUCAGACUGAUACGGAGGUUGAGGUCGUAGAUGGACUUGGUGGAGAAGAUGACCAAUCAGAGCAUCACUCUGACCGAGACAACCAAUCAGAGCAUCAUUCAGAUAGAGAUAACCAAUCAGAACACUCGGAUCACGAACCAGAAGCACCAGCCCCGGAUCCAGAAGAAGGACCCGCUGAAAGUGAUAUGGAUUUAGAUUUGUUGGCAGAGUCUGAGAGUGAUAGUGAUAGUAGUCAUAGCAACCAAGAUAAUGUCAGUAUACAACGUAGUGCUGUUACCGCAGCAACCGCUGGUAGUGACGCAGGUCUAGGAAGUUUGGCCCAUUUUUCAGAAGAUUCAGCGGAAUCGUCCAAUCAGGAAGAUGAUUAUGAGAGUGAUGCCGACGGGAGUGAGGAGCACGAUACAGACGAGUUCGUGUAUCUCGAUGAACAGUUAGAACGUAGAUCCAGUCAGCCUCCAGGCUCUCAGGGGCAGAGAACUCUACAAGCUCCACAAUCCAUGCACUGGGCGUUACGACAACGCGAUCCUCCGAGUUCUAGACCUCCCCCUACAACUAAUACAACUACCACUACAGGUGGAAACAGUCUAAUUUAUAUCGACCCCUCCGCUUUAAGACGAACAGCUGCCGUACCUACAGCGGCUCCAACCAAUCAAGAUAAAGCUGUAACUAUGGAAACGACAGCUAGCCAACUGGGACGAGCGUUCGGUAUAGUCGUACGACAGAUUACAGACUUAAUGAACAUGCUGCCAAAUUACACGUCUCUGGCUCCAAACCUGCCGAGAGUACUGGAUGUUCUAGACAAUGAUAUUAUGGAUUUACAGGUGUAUUUAGAAUCACAUCUUCAUCAAACAUGGGAUUGGUUGAUAUCAGUAUUAGAUACGACGGAGGCUCAGCUACGAUUCGGUACAGCGUUGAGUAAUAAUACAGACCCUGCCGCACCCCAGCAUCCUCAACAUUCUAGUCACAUUCGUAAUUUACGAGAACGAUCUACUCAACCUGAAACACGAGUUUUACAACAGAUAACUACUGGACGCAGGACACGAUUCGGGGCUUUCGGGUCUGAUGGGAAUUCUGCGAGAAGAGAUUUCCUGACGUAUGCCCUGUCGUUAAUGAGAGCUCAUAGUUCGGAACAUUCAGACAGUUUACCAAUCAUCGACAUUGCGGCCAUGAAACACGUAGCCUAUGUCUUCGAUGCCCUGAUCUACUACAUGAGAAGUGGACAAGAUUCCGACCUGGAUUCUGUCCGUGAUGGAAUUUCCGUGACGUCCUGGCAAGAUCAUGAGGAAAAUGAAACGGAGGACCAUGACGAUGAUGCCAUCACUAACAGUGUUGCCAUGGAUACAGACAGCAUGGAUGGUGAUGAAAAUUUGACCAAAUUAGGUCGUAAACAUCCAUUUUUCCAGAGAUCUGAUUCUACAACGUUCUUGGGGUGUCCACCUCCAGAUCCAUUCCAUACGCCUUUGGUAGAAGCCCUGCCAUUGGCUGAUCAGCCUCAAUUGCUCCAAUCAAAUUCAAGAAGAGAAGAUUUGUUUGGAAUGGGCAGACAAUCGUUUGUAACUAAGCAAUCUGGUGAAACAGUCCACGGAACAAAUCCAUUGGAUAAAUUGUCCAACAUUUCCUUGGCUACCAGAGCUGCCAGAUUAUUCUCGGCUGGAUGUGUGAGUUCCACACAGACACCUUCCAGUAUCCUAGCAACAGUACCAACAUCCAGUGCUACUUCUGCCACCUCAACUCCCAGCCAUUCAGCUACCAGUGAAGCUGAAGAGAACCAAUCAGAAUCAAGCAUGGAUACUUCAACCAAUCAGAUGCCUGCUACAGCUCUGAUAGGUCAAAUGAUACCACAUGACAUCUUGCUAGGAAGAUGGCGAUUGGCUCUAGAUUUAUUUGGACGUGUUUUCUGCGAUGACGUGGGCUCGGAACCAGGCUCCGUGAUCAGUGAACUGGGAGGAUUUCCUGUCAAAGAAAGUAGAUUUAGACGGGAAAUGGAGAAGUUGAGAAAUUCUCAACAGAGAGAUUUAACUUUGGAGGUGGAAAGAGAACGGAAUAGCCUGUUGACGACUACGUUUAAACAACUCAAUACCCAGUAUACUAAACGUACUAGUACAGGCGGACCUCCACUAGCUGUCCAUAGAGUAAAAGUUACGUUUAAAGAUGAACCUGGUGAGGGAAGUGGGGUAGCUCGUAGUUUCUUUACAGCUGUUGCUAACGCUCUGUUGUCAGGUGAAAAGUUACCUCCAUUAGAUGGUGUGAUGUUUGGCGGCAAGAGUAUACAGUACAGUUUGAUGCAGAGGCUAAGAUUGAGAGAAAGAGAGAGAGAAAAGAUUCGAACACAUCUACAGAGACAGAGAAGUCGCGACAGAGAACCUCGUCGAACUCUAUCAUAUGACGCUCCUCCAUUUUAUAUGCCGUCAGAUACAGGAAGUGGGAGUGGCUCAUCUAAUAACGCGGCCAGUACGACAGCGGAACCACCGACAGAGUCUAGUGAUAGAUGGCAGAUAGGAGAACAGCUUUACCCUAAAGUUAGAAACUUACAGCCGACAAUGGCGCCAAAGAUAACUGGUAUGUUAUUAGAGUUGUCUCCCCCUCAAUUAUUAUUAUUGUUAACAUCAGAGGAGUUGCUACGACAACGUGUUGACGAGGCAGUCGAUAUCAUUUUAUCAAGACGAGAGAUGAGUGCUGAAUCAUUGUUAGAUCUGGAUAUAUUUAAUUUGUCGUCUGAUAAAAAGAAGACAGGAAGUACGUCUGAUAGGAAGAGUGAUUUAGAUGAAGAAGAAGAAGUGGAUGAUAGUACAGCGUUAUUCUGGCAGCCUGGUAAACGUGGCUACUAUUCUCCACGCCCUGGUAAAAAUACCACAGAGAGACUCAACGCUUUCAGAAACGUUGGCCGAAUUAUCGGACUGUGUCUGCUGCAGAAUGAGAUCUGUCCUUUGUUUUUAAACAGACAUGUAUUGAAAUAUAUACUGGGACGUAAAAUAGCCUGGCACGAUCUCGCUUUCUUUAACUCCGUAACUUACGAAAGUUUACGAACUCUGGUAGAAGAUGCGGAGACUAAAGAUUCAUCUCUGAUUUUCUCGGCGUUAGAUUUGAUAUUCUGUGUUGAACUCUGUCCUGAAGAGGGUGGAGGACAAGUUGAACUGGUACCAGGGGGAACUGAUAUUGAAAUCAAUGCCUCCAAUAUCUACGAAUAUUUACGUAAAUAUGCUGAAUACAGAAUGGUGAAAGUUGCUGAGAAGGCUCUGAAGAGUAUUAAGACUGGGGUGUUCGAUGUUUUACCGUCCAAUGCUCUAGAGGGACUAACAUCUGAGGAUUUACGAUUGUUAUUAAACGGUGUUGGGAAUAUUAACGUUCAAACUCUCAUCAGUUAUACCUCCUUUAAUGAUGAAAGUGGAGAGAGUAGUGAACGAGUUCACAGGUUUAAACGAUGGUUUUGGUCAGUUGUAGAGAAAAUGAACAAUAGAGAAAGACAAGAUAUGGUGUAUUUCUGGACAUCCAGCCCAGCGUUACCAGCCAGUGAAGAAGGUUUCCAGCCGAUGCCCAGUAUAACCAUUAGACCAGCUGAUAACGACCACCUUCCUACGGCUAAUACCUGUAUUUCACGACUUUAUAUUCCUCUCUAUUCCUCCAAAACUAUUCUACGUACUAAACUAUUGUUGGCCAUCAAGACUAAAGCUUUUGGAUUUGUGUGA